UAAAAAUACUAAAAACCGAAUCAUACGGAAUUGAUAAACCAAACGGAUUACACCUUUAAAACAGCUCCGAGCUCUGGAAUAGCACCGCCACAUCUAUCUACCAUGGCAAAGGAAGAGGGAACCCACACCGUCGUUUCCGAUCUGAUCAACUUCCUCAACGCAUCUCCAACUGCUUUCCACGCUGUCGACGAAGCCAAGAAGCAGUUGAAAACCGCAGGGUACCAGCAAAUCUCCGAGAAGGAAAAUUGGGAACUCAAAGCCGGCCACAAAUACUUCUUCACCAGAAACCAUUCCACCAUCGUCGCUUUCGCCAUCGGCAAAAGAUUUGUUGCCGGAAAUGGAUUCUACAUAGUUGGUGCUCACACCGAUAGUCCUUGUCUGAAACUCAAGCCGGGGUCGAAGGUGGUUAAGGGUGGAAUAUUGGAGGUUGGUGUUCAAACCUAUGGAGGAGGUUUAUGGCACACGUGGUUUGAUCGUGAUUUGACGGUGGCUGGGAGGGUUAUAUUACGAAAAGAAAUUGCAGGUUCUGUUUCGUACUCGCAUCGCCUUGUUAGAAUUGAGGAACCUAUAAUGCGUGUCCCAUCUUUGGCAAUUCACUUAGACAGAGGUGUUAAUGAUGGAUUCAAAGUAAACACUCAGACUCAUCUUCUUCCCAUCCUUGCAACAUCUCUAAAGGCAGAGGCUAAUAAAGUGUCCUCUGAAAGCGAUUCAGUUGAAAGUGGAAAGAAAGAAAAUGAUAAAACAGGUUCUAGCAAUGUGAAGCACCACCCUAUACUUUUACAGUUGCUUGCAAGUAAGCUUGAGUGUGAACCCGGUGACAUUUGUGAUUUUGAAUUGCAAGCUUGUGAUACACAACCAAGCAUAGUUGCUGGAGCUGCCAAGGAGUUUGUAUUUUCGGGACGGCUUGAUAACCUCUGCAUGUCAUUUUGUUCUUUGAAGGCAUUAAUAGAUGCUACAUCCUCUGACAGCAGUCUUGAGGAAGAACCUGGCAUUAGAAUGGUGGCUUUGUUUGACCAUGAAGAAUGUGGGUCUAACUCUGCUCAAGGAGCUGGCUCUCCUGUAGUGCUAGAUGCUAUGUCUAGGAUUACAGAUUUCUUCAGCCCAAAUUCGAAGCUUCUCGAGAAAGCAGUACAACGAAGCUUUCUUGUAUCUGCUGAUAUGGCACAUGCACUACACCCGAAUUACAUGGACAGGCAUGAAGAAAACCAUCAACCUAAACUACAUGGAGGACUUGUCAUUAAGCAAAAUGCAAACCAACGCUAUGCAACCAAUGCUGUCACAUCCUUCAUUUUUAGGGAGAUAGCAUCAAAACAUAAUCUUCCCGUUCAGGACUUUGUGGUGCGCAAUGACAUGGGAUGUGGUUCAACAAUAGGUCCUAUCCUUGCGAGUGGCGUUGGUAUUCGAACUGUUGAUGUUGGUGCACCGCAGUUGUCAAUGCAUAGCAUCCGAGAAAUGUGCGCUGUUGAUGAUGUGAAGUAUUCAUAUGAACAUUUCAAGGCCUUUUUUCAGGAAUUCUUUCAUCUAGAUGCUAAUAUAGUUGUGGAUAUAUAAGUUAUAUCUCCGCUGAAGAUUUUCUCAUGAAUCCUCUGCUCUAGAUUUCCUUGCCGAAGGGGUCAGAAUUUGUAAUGAUCUUUCUUUUUUUUUUGAACCAAACAAACUUACUGCAUUUGUAAUGAUCUUUCUUAAAAGUUAUAACCCUGACGUUAGAAUGGAGAAAUCUGAAAUAAUACUAGUAUUGGAUUUGAGAA